AUGGCCGUCCACAACACCAUUGACCAAGAGUUCCCCUGCUCACUAACAAUCAGCGUCCCCUUCCCGACCCCGCGCCUAGCAAUAGUCGCACACAAAGCCCUCGACGUCGACCAAGAACUCUCUCCUCUCGUCCGCCGCACCUUCUCCAUCGAUCCCGACUCACCGAGCACCGCCGACGCCGACGCCGAUGCUGCCUCCGUCCUUCGCGUACACUACAAAGCCACCACGAACCGCAUGCUUCGCGUGGCCGUCAAUGGUCUCAUGGAGAGCCUGAACCUCGUCGUCGAGGUUAUGGAGGAGCUGGAUGUUGAUAUUUUGGAACGUAAUUGGAUCUGUUCGCAAUAA